AUGGCAAGGAAGGUGGUGCGCUGCUGCCUGCGUCUACGCCCGCUGUGUCCCCUCUUUGUCUCCCCUUUCUCCUGGCGCCGGCCUUCCGCCGACGGGUAUAGCGAUGAGUGCGGUACCGUGGAGAGUGCUGGACUUCUGCCGGCACUUCGGCAUCGACGCAUCCUCCGCCCCUGCGGGUGCCGCGGCGGCACACGUUGUGUUUCCUCAGCUCGCGCAGCAGCACAGCAUCCCACUGCAGGACGCCGCCGCAUGGCUGAGGGCGCAGAACGAAGUGGAGGCCAUAUUGGCGGAGGAGCAGGAGGACGUUGA